GCUUGGCAAGGGAGGCGGGGGCUGCCUGGAAUCGGACGGAGAGUGGGGCGGAAGGGGGAAGGAGAGGCGGCAGCCUUGUCCGUGCCAGCCCUGGCGUGGAUCGGAUUAGGAGGCGUCCAGGAAAGGCAAGCCGGCCGCAGCUUGGCCUUUUCCCUGCUCGCCCGCCAUAUGGGAGCCUACAGCUCAUCGCGCGCUCAGAACGGCGGGGCUCAGCUCCAGGGGCAGCGGCGGGGCUACGUGCAGAGCGGCACAGGCUGGGGCGGGGGGCAGUCCUGGGCUCUUCACGCGCGCUGGCUCUCUCCCUGCCAGUCGUCUGAAGCAUUCCGGAGCUGCUGCAGCUCGGAAAUAUAGCUUAGCUAGCAGCAGUGGGGCUUAACUUCAGCCCCGGGACCUGUUUGUCCCCGUCCCCCCCACCACACGCCCCAGUAGCCAGGCUCCCUGGAAUAAAAGCAAUGUUGUGUGUGGUGGUGGUGGUGGUGUUUUUAAAAAGCCAUCGAGCAAACAUGUGCAGACUGCCUCUUCCCCUCUGAUUUCACUACCUACCCGCUGGAUCUCGGCACCUGUGACCUAUGACUCUGCUUGGGGUCAAUGGCAAGAGACUGGCCUUGGGAGAGACUAUUCUACUAUCCCAGCUACUGGUUACACUUUGUUCUAGAACACAGAUUUUGGCAAGCUACUGCGGUGAUGCUUCUGUUUAAUGUAGGACAAGUGGGUGUUUUUAAGAUAUUUUUAAAUGCAUAAAAAAUAUGUAGGGCAACAUAUGAAUGCAUACAAAUAAAAUAUGUCAGGCAAGUAGACACUGCUAAAAACAGAUUAAUCUUUUAAUUUGGAUACAGGAAAAUUCAUGAAAGGAAUGCCUACGGGAGCUAGCCUUUUCUUCCAAGUCUGAAAAAUAUUUUUGCAUGUAGAAUGAACCCAUCCAUAAUAGCAUCAGAUAAGAAGUAUAUAACCCACUUAUACAACUCAGCUGAGACCUGGUAUUGGGAGGGAAUUGAUUGCUGCUGUCCACUGAAUUAGUAUCUAUUGCUGCCUGGCACAUUUCUUUAGUGUACGAGGUACCUCUUGAGCCGGUGCCAUACUUCUUGUCCAUAUGGGGAACUGGACCAAUGUCUAAUUCGGAACUUCUGAAAAUAGGAUUCUGGUGCAAGGAGCAGGAUGCUGUGUAACCAAAAAAGUACAAAUGUGAAAUGUGUUUGAGUUGCAAAGUAGUAUAAAAAUUAAAGGAAAUAUUUCAAAAUGUCUUUGGUGGGAGAUGUCCUUGGCCCCAUGGAAAUGACUUGUUUAUUCAGUGCAGUUUCUUGAACCCUUUGUUUUCUUAAUGUAAAGCAAGUAUACCAUUGUCCUGUCAAAUGUUUGAAGGUAUGCAUUAUUGAGCUCCAGUAAUGACCUUGCUGUUGAAAUCCCACUAGCUGGGAGAGAGACCUUUGAAAAUCAGGCAAGGAGAGAGGGGGAAACGGUAGAUGUGGAAUUUCUGAUCUCACUGCCCCUGUUUAUCCUGGUGGGAGUGGUCCCAAAUUGCCCCCUGGGGCCAUCGUCCUUGAUAUAUUAAUGCAUCACCUUACUGGUUCCCAAAGGCAUUUUGUCACAGCCAUCUGCUGGCAGGAAUAAGUGAGAAAAUUGGAAUCUCAGCAGUGUGACGAUAUCACGUGAGUGCUUGUGGGUUUGUGAUGAAAGGGGUCUUGGAGCAAGAGAUGAGGGGGCUUAAAAUCCAGGUAUAGUUAUUGAUACAAGGGUUCAAAGGUGAUCACUGCUAUUCUUUCGGUCUCCAUCCCCAAGAAUUCCAGAAAGAGAGGAACAGAGGAAACUGUGGAAUCUGUCCAUGUGCAAAAAGUGUGACUUCUUGCCACCCUUUGGAAUCCACCUAUGAAUAUAGACAGAGGAAAGGAACCAGGGAGAGAGAUUUUCCACCCACUGUUUACACUGCCUGUAACAUUUGAAUGUGUAGAUACACACACGCAGAAUUAGGAUUCUGCCAGCAUCAGAAGGGCAGAAAUGCGUUCCUCUUUCCCCCUCCUACAUGAAAGAAGAUGUUAAGUACUUGUGGGCACAACUGGUGAUAAGUAAGUGAUAUGUUUCCUCUAACAAUUUAUGUUAUACAUGAAGAGAGAACAAAGAGGAAAGAGCUAACUUUCAGGUAUGGUUGUGAGUAUGUUGGAGGAGCGUUGGUUGUGUGUGUGUGUGCAUGUAUAUGAGAAAGAGAAGUGAAACAAAACAAAGAAUAUGGCAUCUGCAAGUAUGGCUAGAAUGUGCAAAUGAACACACUAUAUGCAAUAACUAAGGAAACUUCAGAGAAACAAAAGCAAUAAAAGGUCUUGUAGCGUAAGCUGCAAUAAAUGUGUUAGGCUCUCAAGCCCUAUUUAUCUAGAGCCCAUACAUUCAAUAUGCGUGCAAUUUGUGUACAGUAUACAUAUGUACAGAUCCAUAUGGAUGUACAGUUAUUCAGACAUUAUUUUGAAUGCAUGUAUAGUAGUACACUUCCUAGCUGUAUCCUGCAUUGGAGGGGGAUCUGUACCCAGUUUCACUUCUAAGAUGAACAGAUGUGCAGUCAUUCAUAUAAAGACACUUGUAUACACAUACAACAUAAUGAGGCUGUUCUCACAUGCAGCCUAACCCAGGCUAUGGAUGCCCAGCCUGGCUUAGGCUGCUCAUGAGAACCAUUGGGGUUGGGCCUGAUUCUAGCAGGCCAGUGCCACCUAGCCCAGCUGCUAGCCAAGGUUAAGGAGCAAAUGGCGCACUCCCUUAACCCAGGCUACUUGCUCAUGUCCGAGCUAGGCUGCUUCCAGCCCGGCCACACACAGAGAUGGGUGCCUAGAGCACCCGUCUGUUGGGGGAAUCCCCCGAUGCAUCGUGUGUGUCACGUGAUGCAUUGUGGGAUCUAUGGAAGCCAGGAUGAGGAGUCCCAGACUCUGUUUACCAGUGCUGCCAGGAGCAGCACAGAGAUUCAUGUGGGCAUGCGGCUUGCAGAACUUCAGGGCAUCUGGGGGAAGUGAGUGGUCAUCUGGGGGAAGGUAGGCUGCAUGCAUGGUUGCGUGAACAGCUCAACAUCUGAAUAGGGCUUAGGAUGUACCAAGAUACUUUGUUUUUGCUACCCUAGACUAACAGCACUCCCCUUUUGGAAGUUGGUUUUAGGAAGCUGAGUCCUAUGCUCCAGGUUUAGUGCCAAAUUACAAAAUGGCUUGAAGAGAGGCAGAUACCUUUUCCUGGUGCUUUUUGAUGAGGCUGGGCUUGAGUGCAUCUUAUGCCAGAAGGAUACACAGAAUUAGGCUUUAGGGUGGCCACUACCUUAUUUAUGUAAGAUUUUAAAGACCAGGAACUUUUCCACACUGCAUCUGCUGCUUUGGAUCAAAUUUGGAACCAGGAAACACCUUUAGUCUCCCGACACUCACCCCUGGAAGCCCUGUGACCCAGCAGAAGGCCAGCAAAGUGGCCUCGGAGUGAGCCACUUUGUAAUGAGAAACAAGGAUGCCCUUCAUCACACCCCACUAUCUAAGCAGAGUCCAGAUGGCUCACUUUGUGAACUUGCUUAUCCAUGCUGGCCAUGGGUGGGUGGGGGGUGAGGGAGGCUGCAGUCCUACACCCACUUACCUGGGAGUAAGCCUCAUUGAAUUCAAUGGGACUGGCUCAAUUUGGGUGGUGGGAAACUCCCCUGCUCUGGACACCCAAGAUGCUGGCCUUCACUCGGAGUGAGCCUCUCAGCUCUCUGUGUGUGUGUGUGUGUGUUGUUGUUGUGACAAGAUGUGCCCAUAAACAUAUGAUGUGGAUUUACUCCAUUGCAAGGGGUAACAGCCUGCUCUUCUCUCCGGUCCAUUUCUGUCCACAGUCAUAUUCCUUGGAAUACUGAGCUGCAUAUUGACACAGUGCAGGCCUCCGUUCCCCCAUGGCAUCCACCACACACUCCAGCUCCCUUCUUUCUCUGCUCUAUUUGGCCCUGCUGACAUUUGUGGGCAGCGCAGUGCUCCUUGCCGAGAUGCACCAACACAGCCCGCUGAGCCACAACGUCCAUGCCUUCUUGGCCGUGCUCAUGAUCUCUUCCUGCAUCUGGAUGCUCUGGUUUGGCUGGCACUCUGCUGGCAACAAGCACCUGAAAGUGCACCAAGAUCACCAAGCUGGAGCGAGCUGGCUCAAAGGUGGCCUCUCUCUCUUUGCACUGGCCACACUGGUGCUGGACUGCCUCUCCUUGGGAUAUUACUAUGAGCUCCAGCAUUGUGCCUCCAUGCUAAUCACCACCUUCCCUGUUGUGCAAGCUGUAUUCACCAUCAUACAGGUCUCACUGCUGUUGUUUAAUGCUAAGGUUUGCAUCCAGGAACACCAGCAUCUAAAUAGGUUUGGGCUGAUGCACACGCUGGCCACCAAUGUGCUCCUGUGGAUGAGUAUGGUGCUGGAUGAGUCCAUGAAGCAGCUAGAAGAAUUUUAUGAUGCUCACAAGGGAGAGAGCUCCCAGGCCUCCCAUGGUGGGUCCUACACCAACAGUUGUAUCUGCACCACCAGUCUUUGCCACAUCUUUUCAGAAGGUGCUGCCUACCUGUAUCCUUUCAAUAUUGAGUUCAGCCUUUUCUCCUCCACAAUGCUGUACAUCAUCUGGAAGAACACUGGACGGGAAACCCAUCACCAGAAGCCCCAGUUAACUCACAACAGACGCUUCCUCCUAAGUGGAGCUUUUGUUGGACUGGUGCUAGGGGCCUUGGCUAUUUCAGCAACCUUUGGGGUGAUGAUCUCCUUUGGAGUGCUCGCCAAGUCUCACGAAACCAUCCCAGAAGCCCUUCGCAUUUAUUACAUAUUCAACUCGGUAUUGUUAUCUGCCAUGUUUUUAGCUACUUUGAUUGGCAUCGCCACCUACAGGGUGAAGAAAAAAGCUGCAGCUCUUUCCUCUGACAAAAGUGUGGUAAGAAACUUAGAUGUAACCUUGCUUCUGGGAAGUUCUUGUGGUCCCCUCAUGGUCUCCAUCUUCUCCUUGGUUGCCAUCUUCUUCCUUCAUGCCAAUGGCAGCCUCCAUCUCCUGGACUUCUGCUUCUCCCUCUGCAAGACCAUCCAGAUCCUGGGGCAGAAUCUCUUCAUUACCGAAGCUUUGUACUCUAGCCUCUCCCAGGAGCCAGAUGCCCCAGAAAACAGUGACUCGUCUGCUACCAGCUGGGUCUUUUCCAUUUCCAGAGGUCCCAUGGAACAGGACAACAAUGGACCUCUCUCCAAAACCCACACAUUGACCAACUUCAUGGCCAGCUUGGAAAAUCAGCCACCCGGGCACUUGGCAGACUACGGUGGUGACCCAUCUCUCUUCCAGAUCUCAGACAUUCAAAGAGAAUCUAAGAGACCAAGCAUCAGGAGGAAGAUCCUACAGAACAUCUCUAUUCUCCUUAUCUUCUAUAACAUCUCGGUGUGGAUUCUUUAUGCUUAUGGGACCCGCCCACAUCUAGUGAGCCAGACUGAGCAAUCUUUCUAUGGCUUCACACUCUGGGCCAUUGUGGUCAAGAUCUCCCUUCCACUAGGCAUAUUCUACCGCAUGCACUCGGUGGCCAGUUUAUUUGAAGUCUACUGCAAGACCUGCUGAGCACCAGCCUUGGGACAACUAAUGCUUCAUCACUUCAGAGGGAGAGCAGCAGAAGUGGGCCAAAAGGAGCUGCUUUUUAUAAGGAGUAGUGAUGCUGUCUGACCAUGCACAAGCAAAUCGCACAUUAUCUCACCUGUGCAGAACAUCAGAACAAUUUGUUGGGUAUAUGGAGGAUACUUCAUUAGCAAACCAAACUAUACAGCACUGAUUCAACUAAAGUAAGAGACGACCUCCCUCCUAAGUCCUAGUAGCAUCUGUACAAUCAACUGGGAAAGCCCUCUAUAGCAGGAAUAGAGAACUAGCAACCUAAAGCAAGAUUUGACACACACAAAGCAAUUUUAGCUGACUCUUGGGAGGCCUACUGAACCUUAAUACGUGGUAAAAAUUCUGCCACCAUUUCAUGGAUAAUAUUUAUCAUCCAAAAAAUUGUCAGAGACAGUGAUGUUCCACCCUUACAUGCCAGCCAAUAGCUACUUGGAGAAGCAAUGAGGCACUGUGUAUAUUUUGUGUACAUUUUAUUAUAGUCCUAUCUGAUCCAUAUUUGGGAAAGAAAAAGGACCAAUGCUAAUCUAUAUCACAUAGCAGGGAUGACCAGGUAGCAACCCAUGAGUCAGACAUAGCCCCCAAAGUAACUCUGCCUAGGACCCGUGGCCAAAUAUGAAUCCAGGUAUAGCAACAGUGUUGUUUAUGGGUGCAUUUCUAAAGAAAAGUAGUAAUGAGUGUAGUAUACUGCACAUAUAUUGCAUUGCUAUCUCAUGUACAUUCUGCAAAGGACUGUGUCAAUGGUUCUUUGCCUAAAAGUACAUUUCAGGAAGAGUAUUAGUUCCUCAGAGCUCCCAAUGAAUGACCUCAUACAGUCAAAGCAUGGGUUCCAUACUUGCGAAACUCUUACUGCUAUGUUACAACCAUAUUGUAGAUCCUGAACAUACAUGAAAAGGCCAGAACUUGCCCUAGACUGGUACCUGGAAAACAGUGGGAGAAUGCAGAAAUUUGCAAUCCCCACUUUAUAUAACCAAGUAUAUAUAGUGCAGGAACUAUGUUCUUAGUGGAAUUCUCAGCCUCCAUUAAAAACUUCACAAAGCCCCAGGCCAUGUAUUUCAAGGGUUUCCUAAUGCAUUGGCUUGUAAUGGCCAGAAGUAAGCCAGUGCCAAAUGACAGUAAACACAUUAUAUUGUAAAUCAGAUUUUAUUCUCUAUUUUAUAAUGGAUUUUUCCAUUAUUGCCCCCAACUCUUGAAAAUUGUCAUAAAAGGGAAUCAAAGCUAUGCAUUGUGCAUUGUUGAGAGGGACAGCUUCUCUCAACAAUGUCAGGGGUUAGGGUACCUGAGGUUUAUCUCACCCACCUUGUUGACCACUAUUUAGUCUUGGUCCAGUGCCAAGAGGUGUUUCAUCUCUUUCCUUCCACCUACUGACAAUGUAUCCUUGUCACUUUUUUAACGAGACGUCAAAUACAAUAAAAAGUACAUUUCCUUUUGUCACCA